AUGGCUGUGAAUGGAGUUCAUAUUUAUUUUGUUCAUGCAAGUUACCUCCAAGUGACAAGAAGAAGACUUUGGCAGCAGCUUGAGAGUAUUAAUGAUGAAGUUCUGUGGCUAGUAAUUGGUGGUUUCAACUGUAUUCUGCGGAAUGAGGAUAAAAAAGGUGGCUUGGAAACUAGGACUUCAGUCAUCAAUGAAUUUAGUGAUUGGAUGGAAAACAAUAAUUUGUUUGAGGCUGAUUCGUUGGGGUGCAAUUUCACUUGGACAAAUGGACAGUCUGGUCAUCAUAGAAUUAAUAGCAAGUUAGAUCGUGCCAUUAUCAAUCCAGCUUGGCUAGCUAAAUAUGAGAAUUGGCGGCCUCAGCGUGCUCCUUUUCGCAUCCAAAAAAUGUGGUUUCUUCACGCAGAUUUUAUGCGAAUGGUGACUGAAAAUUGGAAUUUGCCAGUUUUUGGUAAUCCCAACUUUAUUUUCCCAUUCAAAUUAAAGAGGCUGAAAGUAGAGAUGAAGGCUUGGAAUUUUCGGGGUUUUGGCAACAUUCAUUCUCGGCUUAAGCAAGACAAACCCAGGUUCGAGAUGAUAGAUAGGAUUUCUGAUGAAGAUCCUUCAAGUAUCCCAAAUUUGAAUGUCAUGAAAGAUGCCAUGUCUACUCUUCAUGAUACUAAUUUGCAGCACAUUACUAUGCUUAACCAGAAAGCUAGGAAUAACUGGUUGGUGGAUGGCGCUAUCAAUACGUCCUAUUUUCAUAAAUGCAUUCGAACUCGAAGAAGUAGCAACGUUAUUUCUGAAUUGGUUGACAACGCAGCUACUGGGCCUGAGGAUAUUAUUGAGGACACUUUGUUCGAUUAUAAUCAUGAAAGUAUAUCUCCGGAGGAAAGUCUGGAGAUUGAUGCCACUCCGGAUGCUGAAGAAAUUAAAAAGGAUGUUUGGGACUUGGGUGUUGAUAGUGCGCCAGGGUCGGAUGGUUUUUUUGGGUGUUUUUAUCGACAAUGCUGGGAUGUUAUUCAAGAAGAUCUUAUUCAAGCUAUUACUUACUGUUGGACUGUGAAAAACAUUCCUAAUGGGUCGAAUUCUAGUCUUUUGAUUCAUUUGGCUAAGAAUGGAGAUGAAAUUGCAAGUUUAGUAGAUGGACCAGCAGGCAUGGGUGUACAAGGAAAGAUUGAAGUUGCAGUUCAAGUUGUUAGUGGUUCAGGUGGUAUUUUAGAUGGGCACUGCUGA